GAUCUAACAUCGCAAAGAGUAGAAUCAGAAGGCGUCUUGAUAAACGCCUUUUCUUCUUUUUUCUUUGUUUUCUCUCCUAUUCUCAGCGAUUUUCUUCCGUUUUCCCGGAGAAAAUGAGAGAGUGCAUCUCAAUCCACAUUGGUCAGGCCGGUAUCCAGGUCGGAAAUGCCUGCUGGGAGCUUUACUGUCUCGAGCAUGGUAUUCAGCCUGAUGGCCAAAUGCCGAGUGACAAAACUCCUGGUGGGGGCGAUGAUGCCUUCAACACCUUUUUCAGUGAAACUGGUGCUGGAAAGCAUGUCCCUCGUGCUGUGUUUGUUGACCUUGAGCCCACUGUCAUUGAUGAAGUGAGGACAGGGACUUACCGCCAGCUUUUCCAUCCGGAACAGCUUAUAAGUGGCAAGGAAGAUGCUGCCAAUAACUUUGCCCGUGGCCACUACACCAUUGGGAAGGAGAUAGUUGAUCUAUGCUUGGACCGGAUCCGAAAACUGGCUGACAAUUGUACUGGUCUCCAAGGCUUCCUUGUUUUCAAUGCUGUUGGUGGUGGUACUGGCUCUGGGCUUGGUUCACUGCUUUUGGAGCGUCUUUCUGUUGAUUAUGGCAAGAAAUCAAAGCUUGGGUUCACAGUUUAUCCCUCUCCCCAGGUUUCCACAUCUGUUGUUGAGCCCUACAACAGUGUCCUCUCUACUCACUCCUUGCUAGAGCACACUGAUGUUGCUGUGCUUCUUGACAAUGAGGCCAUCUAUGACAUCUGCAGGCGCUCCCUUGACAUCGAGCGACCAACUUAUACCAACCUUAACCGCCUUGUUUCCCAGGUGAUUUCCUCCUUGACAGCAUCUCUGAGGUUUGAUGGUGCAUUGAAUGUGGAUGUGACUGAAUUCCAGACCAAUUUGGUCCCGUAUCCUAGAAUUCACUUCAUGCUUUCAUCAUAUGCUCCUGUGAUUUCUGCUGAAAAGGCAUACCAUGAGCAACUUUCAGUAGCUGAAAUUACCAACAGUGCUUUUGAGCCCUCUUCUAUGAUGGCCAAGUGUGACCCCCGUCAUGGCAAGUACAUGGCCUGCUGCCUGAUGUACCGAGGUGAUGUUGUUCCUAAGGAUGUGAAUGCAGCUGUUGCCACUAUCAAGACUAAGCGCACUAUUCAGUUUGUUGAUUGGUGCCCUACUGGAUUCAAAUGUGGCAUCAAUUACCAACCUCCAACCGUUGUUCCUGGUGGUGAUCUUGCCAAGGUGCAGAGGGCUGUGUGCAUGAUCUCCAACUCUACCAGUGUGGCAGAAGUGUUCUCCCGCAUUGACCACAAGUUUGAUCUUAUGUAUGCCAAGCGUGCUUUUGUGCAUUGGUACGUGGGUGAGGGUAUGGAGGAAGGAGAAUUCUCAGAAGCUCGUGAGGAUCUUGCUGCACUUGAGAAGGAUUAUGAGGAGGUGGGUGCUGAAUCAGCUGAGGGGGACGAUGAUGAGGGAGACGAGUACUAAGUGGGCUUUUAUGUGUGAUUGGAAGCUUAUGUUUUAUUUUGCUAUGUCUAUGUCUUCUGCACUCGACAUUGUUUGGUAGGUUCUUCCUAUCAUCAGUGUGCUAUUAUCUUUUAUGUUUGAGCCUAUGUUGAAUCGAUUAAUGAUCGACUAAAAAACUAUGUUCAUGCUAUAAUAUGAUAUGGUGAUGUGUUUUAAUGCUC